AUGGGUGGAUCGUGUUUUUUCGCGAUGAUGCGACACUUUUUUCUUCCCCUUCUUCUCACCCUUUUGCCUAUGCAACGGGUUUUCGGUGGAUCUAUUGAACUCUUUCCUGGUUUGUUCUUGGCUUGCGGUGGAAGGACAUGUAGUCAAAGAAAUCUAGCAAAAUCAACUCAAUCAAGAGAUCCAAUCCAUAAAACUGUUCACGCUUUCGUUUCCGGCCAAACUUUUGUCUUUGCCGUGAUCAACUCUCAUUUGGAUGAUGAGGAGAAAAGUUACACCGAAAAUAUUACUCUAAUCAUCACCAACUAUGAUCAAACAAUCGCAGCCGAUAUCACGAUUACCUCACCAUUCAUGACUUUACCAAACAAUCAAUUCACUGUACCCGCUGCUGGGAUUUAUAGCUAUAUGCUUCCAACUGAGAUUCAAACAAAUUACCGAAACUUGCAAGCGAAUUAUAUUGUGCCUUCAAAUAAGAGUAUUACAAUGAAAUCAAAAAACGCUAGGGUAUCGUUAGUGGUAAAGAAUGCUCGAUCAAACGGGUUUUCUGAAGACGAUUAUGUGAUUUAUCCGGCUUGCACAUUGGGUAACCAAUAUCAUUCGGUUGGCGACGAAUCGAUCUGGAGAGGACACAACUCGACCAGCAUUUGGUCAAUCGUCGCCACUCAAGAUAACACUUUGGUAGCCAUCUAUCCCCCACUGGCACCUAUCAAUUUCACUCUACAAACCGGUGAGGUGCUCACUUUCUCGUCGAAUAUUUACCCCAUGUCCAACUAUCGAAUCAUCACUUCAGCUCCAACUGCUGUUGUUGCUGGAGCCGUGUGUGGAUAUGGAUAUUACAAUCAAGAUAUAUGCAAUCAUGAGGCGGUAAUGCUAUUCCCACUAAGCGAUUCGGGAACGGCUUUCCCGUACACGCAAUUUCUCGCUGAAGAUGAAGGAGAAGUGAUGUGUUUUGCGGCACAAAAUCGAACAACAAUUUCACUUGACGGAGAUCCGUGGCAAUAUAUGGACGCCACGGAAUACGUUUUACUGAGAGUGGACGGAUCGUUGAUGAUCACUUUCGACAAGCCCGCUUAUGCUAUUGCGGUUGGCUCGAUGAGAUCUGAUAGGAUGGGUAGUCCUUUUAUGGCACAUAUUCCCGCCAUUUCCCAAUUCACUAAUGAAUCAAGGAUCAUGGUUCAAACGGGACUCACCGAUCGUACUUUCUCCACACAUUACAUUCGAAUUCAAACCGAUUUACUGAAGACGGGAAAGAUUUGGGUCGAUGACUGGGAAAUUGAUCCACUGUUUUUUCAGAGACAAGGCAAAUCGAAUAGCUAUGUGGCGGAUUGGCCGGUGAAAUCCGGGAAUCAUAUCGUGAGAUCCGAUGGGCAAGCUGGGACUCUUUUCGCUGUGACUGUUUACGGUUUUGCUCCGCUCACCGCCUAUGCUUUCACACCGGGCAUCGAUCUAGCUGAAGUGAAUGAUGUCGACGCGAGAGCUAUUUUGAGUCCAAUCAUGAGUCCUUUUGUUCAAAUGUUCGACAUAAUGCAAGAGAAUUCAAAAGCUAAAGCCUAUGCUGAUAAGAUUGAAAAGGCAAAAGAUGACUCACCGUUUUCAAACUCGAAAGGACUUUUUGAUUUAUUCGAGAAAUUGCAAAGACCAACAACGACGACCACUCCGGCUCCAUCAUUGAUGCAACAGCUAUUGCAACCAUAUUGGGAACCCUGGCAAAGACAGUUCGACUCAAUAUCGAAAGAAAUGGCAGGAAUCACUUUGAUUCCCACGACUACAACAACCCCUCCACCAACCACCACAUCACCAAAAUCUUUGCUUGAAAGAUCUCUUGGAAUGUUUUUACCGGCAUUCACCGCCGCCACCACCACAAAGAAACCCGAGAUUCGACGAUCUCCACAGAAACUUUUUGAACCCGAGGUUUUCGAUCACCUCUUUGAGUUGUUUAACCCAAACAAAAAGCAUUUAAAUCGCUUCAAACGCCAAUCCGAUUUCCGUUUGCCUGACGCUUUCCAAAUGCAACCGAUUCCCGAUUUCCUAAGUCCAAAGGGUUUACAAAAGUUGCUCGAGGUUCCUGCACUGCCCACCAUCCAUCCACCACCAUCUCCCCUUGCUCCCCUCAGCAUAAAACCCACUGAUUCUCCGAUUCUUGAUCUCCUCAACCCAUUAAAACCAAAUCUGAUUCUAGAAGAGUUAAAUAAACCAAUAAAUUUGAGUAACCCGUUUACUCCAAAUCCGUUGAUGGGUUUGUUUACGACAAAGAAACCGAUUCCUGACUUGCGAGUGCCGCUAGCACAAUCAAAACCUAUUGAAGCUCCACCUGCUUUUAAUUCACCAUUUAAACUCCAAGAUCCUUUCUAUAAUCCUUUAUAUCCAGAUAAAAGAAGUAAAUUAUUUGAUAUUCUUGCUGGUGGUGAAGCGGCUAGGAUUCUUGGU